UGGAAAAUGAACUUAACAUCUGAACUUGUGGAUGGUUAUGAGGAGGCUUUUGUUAAAAACAUUGUUAUAGUUCUUCUUGGACUUAUCAUUAAUUCUAUUAACGCAAUGCUUGUGGUCACUUUCUUUACCAAUCCAAUAUUUUCAAGAGACUCCAGAUAUAUUUUAUACAUUCACCUUGUACUGAAUGACAUGAUUAUGAUCUUUGUGUCAGUAGCGCUCUAUGUGAUGAGCUACACUUUACGAUUUGUUAAUUUUGCAUUUUGUUGCACAUUGUUGACGCUUGUUACAACUACCUUUAUGAUAAGUCCAUUGAAUCUGGCUGGCAUGGCCAUUGAGCGUUUCAUUGCUAUCUGUAAACCUUUGCACCACCAUCAGAUUUGCACACCACAAAGGACCUACAUCUUUAUUAGUUUUUUAUGGUGUGUAGGAGCCAUCCCUUCACUGACAGAUAUCAUUAUUUUAUUUUUACCACAGACUGCAUCUUCCUUCAGACCUCCUGCUUUUUGCUACCCACCAUUUGUGUUUCCUACCAAACUCCACCAGGAUCGUACGACUUAUUCACAAGUCAUUUAUAUGUCAUUAGUGUGGUUAAUUUUGAUUUAUACUUACUGCAGAGUUUUGUUCACAGCAAAAAAGGCAACUUCACAAGGAUCAGCGAAUAAGGCUCGAAACACAAUACUGUUGCAUGGUGUGCAAUUACUUCUUUGUAUGCUGUCUUAUCUUACACCAGUUUUUAAUUAUGUCAGCCUAUCUAGUUUUCCUGCAUAUAGAAGUAAUAUAACUUUUUUAGUUUAUCUGCUCACAAAUAUUAUUCCAAGAUUACUGAGUCCUUUGAUUUAUGGUGCUCGUGAUCAGAAGUUUGCGAAGAAAAUAAGGGAAUGCUUUACAUGUAAAGUCUUUAUUUUAAAGAUUGUGCCAUCAUGA